ACACAUUCCAGGAAGGUCUGGAGGUAAAACAGGAAGAGAAUCGGGUUGGUUCUGGAUUUGGCUCGGCAUAAGUCACAAUGAAGACGAUGUUCUGUAACCUGUGACUCUUCCAGGAAGAAGCUGCAGAAUAAGGCGUUCCGGGUCCACGAAGGUAGGCAGAGUAAACAGAGCCAAGCCUUUGUUGGAGCUCUGAAUGCAGGGAGGGAGGAGUGUGUUUCACUGUUCCCUUUAAAUAUUCAGUCCUUCGUCCAACCUGUUGAGUCACCCUCCGAGGUUAGAGAGCUGCCGUACAUCCAGACUCAUCAUUCCCGUUCUCCGGGUUCCCCCAGUGGCUCUAGAAGUGGAAUUCUGUCCGGUACCAACAUGCUCAGGUUUCCUUUUCCGUCCCUCUGGCAGAAAAAGGAAAAUCGUGAAAUAAUGGUCCAGCCGCAGCAGCUUUCCCAGAACCAACCCUGCAGUGAAGAUGAGACCAUGGUCCCGGUACUAACGUCCAGAAAAGCCUGUGAACUCCCGGUUAAUGAAGUAGCGUGCAUCCUGCAGGCUGACCUGCAGUCGGGUUUGACCCAGGAGGAGGUGACCCGGAGGAGGGUGUACCACGGAUGGAACGAGUUCGACAUCAGUGAAGACGAGCCGCUAUGGAAGAAAUACAUCUCUCAGUUCAAAGAUCCUCUAAUCCUGCUGCUUCUCGCCUCAGCGGUUAUCAGUGUCAUCAUGCACCAGUUCGAUGACGCCAUCAGCAUCACGGUGGCCAUCAUCAUCGUGGUGACAGUCGCCUUCGUGCAGGAAUACCGCUCAGAGAAGUCCUUAGAGGAGCUGGGGAAGCUGGUGCCUCCAGAAUGUCACUGCAUCAGAGACGGACACCUGGAGCACCUGCUGGCCCGGGAGCUGGUUCCUGGAGACACCGUCUGCCUGUCGGUGGGGGAGCGGGUCCCCGCAGACCUGCGUCUGUUCGAGGCGAGCGACCUCUCUAUAGACGAGUCCAGUCUGACGGGGGAGACCCAUCCCAGCUCCAAGUCCACGUCCCCCCAGCAGCCCGCCUCCAACGGAGACAUGGCCUCCCGCAGCAACAUUGCCUUCAUGGGAACGCUGGUUCGCUGCGGCAAAGCCAAGGGCAUUGUCAUUGGAACCGGAGAGAGCUCAGAGUUCGGGGAGGUGUUCAAGAUGAUGCAGGCUGAGGAGGCUCCUAAAACUCCUCUCCAGAAGAGCAUGGACCUGCUGGGGAAGCAGCUGUCGCUUUACUCCUUCGGCAUCAUUGGGGUCAUCAUGCUGGUGGGCUGGCUGCAGGGGAAGAGGGUUCUGGACAUGUUCACCAUCGGCGUCAGUUUGGCGGUCGCUGCCAUACCAGAGGGUCUCCCCAUCGUGGUGACGGUGACGCUGGCCCUCGGUGUGAUGCGUAUGGUGAAGAAGAGGGCCAUCAUCAAGAAGCUUCCCAUCGUGGAAACUCUGGGCUGCUGUAAUGUGAUCUGCUCGGACAAGACAGGAACUCUGACCAAGAACGAGAUGACCGCAACUCAGGUCUUCACAUCAGACGGACUCCACGCUGAGGUGACUGGUGUGGGCUACAACGGGAUCGGAGAGGUGUUGUUGGACGGAGAGAUCAUCCAUGGUUUCUCCUGCCCUUCAAUCAGUAAAAUUGUGGAGGUGGGCUGUGUGUGUAACGACUCGGUCAUCAGGAACCACAACCUGCUGGGACGUCCCACAGAGGGAGCGCUCAUCGCCCUCGCCAUGAAGAUGGGCCUGGAGAGCGAGCAGCAGGAGUACGUCCGUCUGGAGGAGCAUCCGUUCAACUCGGAGCAGAAGUGGAUGGCAGUCCGCUGUGUCCACCGCACGCAGCAGGAUAAGACCAGCGUUUACUUCAUGAAGGGAGCCUACGAGCAGGUGAUCCGCUUCUGCAGCUCCUACAACAGCAGAGGAUCCACACUUCCUCUGAGUCACCAGCAGAGGGAGCUCUACCAGCAGCAGAUCAGCUACAUGGGCACCUCUGGGCUCAGAGUGCUGGCGUUCGCCUCCGGGUCACAGAUGGGGAACCUGACCUUCUUGGGUCUGGUGGGCAUCAUUGAUCCUCCCAGAGAAGGAGUCAAAGAGGCUGUUGGCAUGCUCAUCAACUCUGGGGUUGCCAUCAAGAUGAUCACAGGAGACUCCCAGGAGACGGCCGUGUCUAUAGGGACCCGUCUGGGCCUCUACUCGAAAGGAUGUCAGUGUUUGUCAGGAGAGGAGGUGGAUCAUCUGGACCUGCAGGAGCUGUCAAACAUCGUUCCCAGAAUUGCCGUGUUUUAUCGAGCCAGCCCCAGACACAAGCUGAAGAUCGUCAAGUCGCUCCAGAAUCUCGGUGCCGUGGUGGCCAUGACGGGGGACGGUGUUAACGACGCCGUGGCCCUGAAGGCAGCCGACAUCGGCGUGGCGAUGGGCCAGACGGGCACUGAUGUCUGCAAGGAGGCAGCGGACAUGAUCCUGGUGGAUGACGACUUCCAGACCAUCAUGUCGGCCAUCGAGGAAGGGAAAGGAAUUUACAACAACAUCAAAAACUUUGUCCGCUUCCAGCUGAGCACGAGCAUUGCAGCGCUGACUCUCAUCUCCUUGGCGACGCUGAUGAACUUCCCAAACCCUCUGAAUGCCAUGCAGAUCCUGUGGAUCAACAUCAUCAUGGAUGGACCACCUGCUCAGAGUCUGGGGGUGGAGCCUGUGGACCGUGACAUCAUCAGGAAGCCUCCUCGUAACGUGAAGGACAGCAUCCUGACUCGCAGCCUUCUGGUUAAGGUUCUGGUGUCUGCGUUCAUCAUCGUCUGUGGGACGCUGUUUGUCUUCUGGAGGGAGUUGCAGGACAACGUGAUCACUCCUCGAGACACCACCAUGACCUUCACCUGCUUCGUCUUCUUCGACAUGUUCAACGCUCUGAGCUCCCGCUCUCAGACGCGUAUGGUCUACGAGAUGGGUCUGUGCAGCAACAGGACGUUCUGUUAUGCCGUUCUGGCCUCCAUCAUGGGGCAGCUGCUCGUCAUCUACUUCCCUCCUCUACAGAGCAUCUUCCAGACGGAGAGCCUCAGCAUCCUGGACCUGCUGUUCCUGGUCAGCCUCACCUCCUCGGUGUGCGUGGUGUCAGAGGUCAUAAAGAAGGUGGAGAGGUGCCGGGGAGCAGAGCGGCGCCCCCCCUCCGACUGCUCCCUGGAGGUAUGACCCCGCCCCCUCCAUCUCAUUGGAGGAAGAGGACGUCUGGCUGGGGUAUCUCACCUGACAGCACUGACUCAUUUUUUCUAUGAGAUCCUCAGACGGAGCGGACCCUCCGCCUGGUCUCGGACUGGAUGGUUCUUCUGGUUUAUUGGACUGGACUGGCAUUAAAAUGCUGGGAGGACAGGGAGCAGCUCCUCUUUGUAAAACACUGCGCUGCUUUGCUUGGUUCCUGUGCAGCAGAUGGUGGAGGUGUAACCGUACAGUUAGGACUUGACAGGCUUUACCCUCUAAAACAUCCCCGGUUCGUUUUUAUUAAAGGAACAUUCCACCCGGAUCUGAUGCUCGGAACCACAGCAGGUUAAACAGGCGUAGACAUGUGAGGUCAGGCUGGUUGUAACUGAAAUAAAACAUUUCCUGCACUAAAUAUGUUUCAAUCUGGUGUGAAACUGGUUCUGAGCUCUGUGACAUGAGCUGGACCACAAGCUGCUCCCAAUCAACGCUAGUCUUAAAACCAAAACUCUGGACUUUCUCCUGAAACUAUCAGAGUUUUCCUACCUGUGGGUUGGAUCCCAGCAGGAAUCUCCUCUGGAGCUCAAAGCCUUAAAGCCUGAAUCCCUGCAGAGAAAAUGUUCCAGAUUUAUAUCAUUCCAUGUUUUUAACCAUUGGGAAUAUUUCUUGAAUGUUUUUCCUGUUUCAGAGCUCAGACUCCUCGGAUCUCCUCAGUUCUUCUCAGAUCUCCUCCGGGUCUCAGAAAUAUUCCGCCUUCAUGUUCUCUUUGGGUUUUCUGCUGCUCUGUCGGUUGUUUUGUCCUAACUCAGCAGCUCCGUGCAGCAUGUUCCCAUCUUGGGAAAGGAUCUGUUAUUAAUGACACUAAUAGUCCGUGAGGGAAGCCAGAACCAGGAUCAGAUUCCUAGCUGAAUCCAAACAAAGAUGCUCCGUAAAGCUAAAUUCAGCCCGUUUAUCCCAACAUGGAUCAGAGCACCAGCAUUUUCAGUUUGACGUUGCGCCGUACAGUUACACCUCCACUGGGCCGCACUGGUUCUUGUUCUGCUCACGCUGACCCGUUUAGUCUGAAGAACCUCUGGUUUCAGUUUUUUCUACGGAUUCACAUGUUCUGACUUUAACUUCCUGAUGCCAAACAUGCGGUUCUUCAGGGUCCAAACAGCAACAUUUCCCACCUACGCUUCCUCAUCUGGUGCCUUAGAGAAGCCAUGGAGGCUUUUAAAGAUCUCCGUGUUUAAGUUCCUGCUUCCUCUCCUCCUGUGGUCUAUAAAGAGAAGACGUCCAGGUGCUUUCUGGGUAAUCACAGGCUGUCUCUGUGUACCGUUUUAUUUAUUUCUAAAAGGUCUCUGCUGCUGUCUCUCAAAAAAUCCAAUCAUCUUUUCACUGGACUGCAGGCUUCCUGCUGGGCCUGAAGGUUUCUGAUGAUUCCCCACUGAUCCGGUUUCUGCAGACGUGAACGCGCUCUGAGUUUACGUUUAGCUUUUCUAGUUUUGAUCCUUUUAAUAUUUUUAUGAUCAGGCAUAAAACGCCAGACGAAACAUUUAAUUUCUAAAUGAAAUGAAGAUGCGGGACUUAUUUUUAUCAUGUCUCUUUGGAGAACGCUGUGGGGGAUACGAAUAAAAUGGAAUUAAGGAAAA